UCAGAGUCGAUGCGACUACGACAUCAUCAAGUCGCAGCCGUUUCUACAGCCCAGUUUUCAAUUUUUGUGACACAUUUACGUUUGUGUGUAGUGCAGUGUAAGGAUGCAUUUCUAACAAAAAAUAACGUGUCUUACCCUGCUCUACCCAAACGUGUGACGUCGACAUUUUGAUUAUCGACGAGAAAGAAAAAAGCGGACCCUACCCCCAAUCGGAUUUUGUUCGCCAUUUUCCCCCUUUUCUUUUUAAGUCUUUGGUUGUGUGUGUCUGGAUUUUGUACGUUGGCCGAUCUCCUCCUCCUCGCCACACAAAAGGAGAAAUAACAUUUUCGUGAGCUGCAGCCGACUUGAUAAUCACACCAUCACGCCGUCCGUGAUGGACUUGCCUUGUCGGUCUCGGUCGAUCAAUCGAAGUGGAACCUAGAGCCGACGCUACCUACCCCCCACUCUCCCGUUCGUUCGUACCAUUUCACCUACAUUUUCUCGGACUUGGGAGAACAACAGACUUCCCUUCCUUAUUAUUAUUCUACAUAUAGAGCACAACCCAUCUUCUGGCGAUUUUUUCAACUUGAUUGAACUCGUUUUGUUUGUGUUCCAAGAGAAGGAAUCAUUUUCUUUUUGUUUCUCUUUUUUGAGUGUCUUUUCAUUGCUUUCAAAGCCAAGAAGAGAUUUUGUUGCUAUUAAAACUGGUCUAGGGGAGUGUUCUUGGAACGGCUCACAGUGUGUGGAAUAGUGUGGAACACGGAGACAAUGGAGACGGCCAACCGACGGCGUCCGUCGUCGUUGCAAUGGUGGCCCGUGUUGAUCGCUUCGUUGGCGCUGUUCGGUUGGCCGAUCAGCAGUAGUCGGUGGCAAGUGGCCGCAUCGUCGCCAUUCACGCUGGAAGGAUCGCUAAAUUCUUACGCCCAACUACGCAAAUGGAACGCCGCAUUGAACGGCACUCUGCAACUGGAGUUCCGCUCGACGCAGCCUAGCGGCCUGCUCAUCUACACAGACGAUGGCGGCAAAUUCGAUUUCUUCGAAUUGAAGUUAGUCGAAGGCGCUCUGAGACUGCGCUACAAUUUAGGCGCCGGUGCUCAGAUUUUGACGGUUGGUCGCAACCUGAGCGACGGACAUUGGCAUAAUGUCACCAUUAAACGCAACGGCGAGCAAACGGCGCUCACCGUCGACCACGUGACGGUGACCCGAGCGUCGCGCGGCAAAGAGUUCACCUUCGGCAACCUGGCCACCAAUUCGGCCGUCUAUUUUGGCGGCUUGCCCGCUUGGUACAGCGCCGAACUGACCCGUCUCGCCCUACCGAGCGUCCUCUUCGAGCCGCGCUACAGAGGCGACCUGCGCAACGUCAUCUACUCGGACGCCGUCGGCCAACAUCCACGCCAACAGGAAAUCCUCGAGUCUCAAGGAGUACGAGUCAGCCAGUUCGACAUGUGCGUUCAACACGAUCCUUGCCAGCACGGAGGUAUUUGCAUCAACACGGACACGGGCCCCGUUUGCGAAUGCAGGAAUCUCGAUUAUGACGGACCGUUUUGUGAGAAAGCCAAACAGCCACCGGAAGCGACGCUAAGGGGACACGAAUACUUCUUUUACGACAUGGCGCAGAGCGGAGGCGAACCGAUCGUCAGUAGCAGCGACGAGGUCUCUCUCUACUUCAAAACACGCCAGGCCACCGGCAUGCUCUUCUACACGGGUGACGGCGAGGAUUACCUCGCUUUGACUCUGCGUGACGGCGCCGUGACUCUCAACAUCAACCUGGGUAGCGGCAAACUAGACGUGCAGAUUCGUCCGCCCAGGGUCCGCUUCGACGACAACCAAUGGCACCGAGUCAACAUCCACCGCAAAGCGCAGGAGAUCUCGGGACCGGAAAGCCUGUGUCACUUGGUUAUGACGGUUGAUGGUAUCCAUUCCGAGCGCUGGACAACGGCUGGCACAUUUUCGAUGCUAUCUUCUAGUCGCCUGUUUGUAGGCGGUGCCGAUCCGGCCAGUUCUUUGCCCGGUCUGCGAACGCGAAACGACUUUAUCGGAUGUCUGCGGAAGGUUGAAUUCACUGCUGAUUCUUUGCGGUUGGACAUUUUGGAACUUGCGCGUACAGGCAACAAGUUGUUGUCCGUGGCCGGCAGACCAGAUUGGAUGUGCCAAGCUGUCGAAGUUGCAGACCCCAUUACUUUCACGACGCCUGACACGGUCCUGAUGCUACCCUCCUGGGAAGCCUUGAACACGGGAUCCAUGUCAUUCAAGAUCAGGACCAAUGAACCCAAUGGGCUAUUGCUGUACAACAACGGAGCUCCGCACGCACAGGGCGAUUACUUUGCUGUCGAGCUGGUCAACGGUCACGUCUACCUCCACCUCGACUUGGGAUCGGGUAGCGUCAAGGUGAAAGCCACAUCGAGGCGCAUCGACGACGGCACUUGGCACGAGAUCACCAUCUCACGGAACGGCAAAAGCGGACGAGCGACGGUCGACGGGGCCAGCACCGAUUUCGUCACGCCAGGCGAUUCGUAUCAACUCGAAUUGGAGGGUUCGCUGAUGGUAGGUGGUAUCGGCAUGGUGGUUGACAAUGCAGCAAUACCAUCGGCAUUGUGGUCGGCUACCCUUCGUCACGGCUACGUUGGCUGCAUGCGGGAUCUCGUCAUUAACGGCAACGCUGUCGAUUUAGCCGCGUUCGCCCGACAACAAGAUUCCGGAGCCAUCCGGCCGGCUUGCCACGUCCUGCCGCCGCAGUGCGAAUCGCAACCUUGCAUGAACGGCGGAACAUGCACCGAAGGCUGGAAUCGAUUCCUGUGCGACUGUUCGUCGACGAGCUUCAACGGGCCGACCUGCGGCAAAGACGCGGCCACUUUGAGCUUCGACGGCAACCAGCACUUCCGCGUCGCUUUCGACUCUCCGUCGCGGACCGAGGCGGAAGAUUGGAGGCUGCGAUUCCGCACACCCAGACCUUCCGGCCUCCUCUUGACCACCAUCGGCGAUAGCCAAUCACACGGUCGGGUGGAACUCGAUCUAGAAGGUGGCCGACUCCGAUUCACUCAGUUCGCCAUCGAUCGACCCAAGACCUGGUUCAUUGGGCAAGGACUUAACGAUAAUCAAUGGCAUCAAGUGAGUAUUUCACGACGUGGAGGAUCCAUUCGAUUGACCAUCGACGAUGAACCUCCUGUCCAAGGUGAAUUAACUGGAAGACAAGCUACGCUGGAAACUCGGGCUUUAUUGGUUGGUAGCAAUCUGAAACGCGAAGACGUUGGCAGUGCAUCCACGACGUCUCUGAUAGCAUCGAGCGGUCAACCGAAUUUCGUUGGACAAAUUCAGCAAUUGUAUUUCAACGGUGUUUAUCUGAUCGAUAUGGCCCGCUCGGGUCAGUUGACGUCGGCCAACGUCACGGCCAAGUUCGGGACUCGCGAACAGAGCAUCCACCAUCCUGUCAACUUCAAAUCGAAGCACACUUAUGUCGGACUGCCGCAGUUGAAAGCCUACUCGUCGACCAACAUCUACUUCCAGUUCAAGACGCUCGAGCCCAAAGGGGUCAUCUUGUACAACGCCGGAAAGGGCCAGGACUUUAUUGGCAUCGAAUUGGUUAACGGCCAUAUUCACUACGCCGUUAACCUCGGCGAUGGUCCCAUCCGAAUCCGGGACAAUUUGCGCAACAGCCUGAAUGAUAAUCGUUGGCAUUCGGUGACUAUCGGAAGACCAGGCCCUCGUCAACAUACUCUCAUGGUCGAUGACUCUAUUUCUACGGUUAUUAGUCAGGGACAUAAUGAGAAUUUGGAUCUCAAUGGCAUUCUUUACCUUGGUGGCGUACGUAAAGAUAUGUACAACUUCUUGCCGCGGCAGAUGCAAUCCCGUCAUGGAUUCGAAGGUUGUUUGGCUAGUUUGGAUCUCAAUGGCGAAUCACCCGACACUACGUUGGACGCUCUCGUACCCAGUCCGUUGGUUGUGCCCGGCUGCGAAGGUCGUGAAGAACAGCGAUGCAGUCCAAAUAGCUGUGCCAACCGGGGCGUUUGUGUCCAGCAGUGGAACACUUUCGUGUGUUACUGCCAAUUAACUUCGUACAGCGGUCCGACCUGCUCCGACGACUCUGUGGCAUUUGAAUUCGGGCCUAAACAUGGCGUACUAAUCUACAACUUCCCGGAAGAUCGUCGGCCGGAUUCCAAGAGCGACAUUUUGGCGUUUGGCUUCAUUACCGUCCAGGAAAAUGCCCAGCUGAUUCGUAUCACUAGUGCCUCAUCGAACGAUUUCUUGGAACUUACACUGGUUGAUGGACAUUUGUAUUCAUCGUACAAUGUCGGCACAGAUGAUCACAGUUUAGGCGAGGUGGCUGUUAAAGUGAACGAUGGAGAACAUCACGUUGUACGGCUGACACGUUCCAGCGCCAAUGCAACUCUUCAGGUCGACGAUUACAACGUCCAGACUAAAAACCCUGGAGGUCGACAACGAUUCAUCUUUAAUAGCCAAUCCCAGAUACACGUCGGCGGAAGCUGGAACGAAGUUAAGUCGAAAGUGGAUCGUCCGUUUGUGGGCAUUAUUGCCGGACUUGUUUUCAACGGCAUCCGUGUUCUGGAUUUAGCGGCUGAACGUGAUCCCAGGAUACAAAUCCGAGGCGACAUUGAAUUACUCACAUCAAUUCCAGCCGACUAUCGCCAACGUUUCAAAGACAACAACCAAUCGAUGCAAAGGGCACCCGAAUCCGCUUAUCCAAACGUCGUGGAUGACUUGGUAUUUUCCGGUGCUGGGUCCGGUUGUAUAUCCAGCACUGUUGAUGAUGAAUGCAUCCCAUCUUACAACACAGGCAGGGGAGAUGAUUUGAUUACGCCAGUCUUCAGCCGACCUACACGCCCCCCCAAGCCAAAGCCAACGAUCGUUGUGGCAGUUGAUCGACCCUGUGAUGACGAAGACAAUUGUUACGAAGGCUCCGGUUCCGAUCCUUUGGUAACAGACGAACCCGUUCAUCAAUUGGAAAAUGAAAUUUCGACUGAAUCGACGUCAACGACGACGUUAUCGACGAUCGUCUGGCAGACAGACAGACCGAGCUCGUCGACGACUGUAAUGAGUUCGAACCCUGCGACAACAAUAACAGUCAAUACGACUCCGUCUUGGGUGGUAACUACAAGACCGACGAUGAGGACAACAUCGACGACAACGACGAGUCGCUAUCCAGCAAAGAUGUAUCCAACUCCAGCGUAUCCUGCGUUUCCUUCGCCGGCGACUCCUCGCAACCGAGUGCGCACGACGAUCGACAACUUCGAUCUCAUUUGGCAGAAAGCCAACAGAGAAGAAAUGGAGAAGAAACGCGAUCUCGACGAAAAAAGCAAGCGGAUACGAGAUCGGAUCAGUUCGGAAACGGCCGAGAACACGGCGCUGAUUAUCGGCAUCGUAGCCGGCGCUUUGAUUGCCGUCAUCCUCGUCGUUUUGCUCGUCUUGAAAUUAAAGAACCGCGGCAACACCGCAUACAAGAUCGAUGAGCGCAAAAACUUUAGCAAAACGCCGAGUCACAGCAAUUCAAAUGCCGCUCUACUUAACACGGGCGCCGCAGGAGCUGGAGGUGUUCACGGUGGUGGGCUAGCCACCGGUACUGGCAUGGCUGGAGGACAGAUGAAGGUCGGUUCUUUAAAUCUUAAUCCGGCCCUGGUGAACUUGGAGAAGAAAUCACCACCAUCCAAAAAAUGUGGCAAAGAUAUCAAAGAGUGGUACGUCUAGGAAGAUGAAUCAUUUUUCUAAUCGAUCAACUACUUUUUUGAUACUUAAUGAAAGGGAAGGGUUUUAAGAGUCGAGACAAGAGUCGUGUAAAGGCCUGUAUAAACGGAUGAGCGUGUGUGACGUGUUUUGAUUUGGAUAUCAUUUGACAUGUCCCGCUGUGCGCGGACGUGAGUCAUGGUCGUCGGCCGUUGACGUGAAUUUUUCCGCGCGAUCGUUUAUCAUAAGAAAUUGAAAAACUAUUUUCUUUUUUUUAUGCUGAUAAACUCGUGUGCUUCAGUUUGAAUUCCAAUCCUCUGGCCACCGAACUGUUUCAUGUCUGCGCUGUUUUGCCCUCUCCUAAUCCAUCCUUAAUUGAUCAGUUUGAUAGGAUUUUACCUUCCCUUUUCUUUUAUUCCGGGACUGAAUAUUCCCCCGAUCGGUUGGUAGGACGCGUGAAAACUACGAACAUCCCUUAAUUGGUUAAACAAAAAAUAGCGUUGGUGCGAAAGUGUAUGUAUGGCUAUAUUUAAGAAAAAUUAUGUUUCUAUUUGUAUAAUAGGCAAAACAGAAAAACAAAAACAGAUGCAUUGCGUGCAAUAAUGUGCGGUAGCCCAGUAACAGUUUGGGCUAAAAAGAAAUGCUUUUAACCAAAUGAUGAAGUGCAUUCGUAAUACUGUUAAAUUCUAUUUGGAUCCUUGCGCGUUUCAUUAUUUUUUCGUUUUUGUCAAAGACGCUGCCCUCCGACGAACUGGCUUUGAGAACUUAGAAUGCACAGUUCUAAAGACGAUGGCCUCACCUAUAAACUAAUCUUUUUUCUCUCUUCUCUGCCCCUCGAUUUCGGUGUGAUAUAAACAAAUUUGCGAAGGUUAAUGCUGUAACUGUCCCAUGUAUUUUUAAUCAGCCGAUUGCCGUUCGUGUAUCGUUAAUCAAUCGUCAAUUGAAUCAUUACUUUUUUCAUAUUGUAAUGAAAGUAAUCGCCUACCUUUUUUCGGUUAACUAUUUCGUUUUCCUCAUCUGUUUUGUGUUGUUGUUAUUUAACUAAGCUAUGACCCAAACCAUCUUAAUACUCAUGAUUUCAAGAAUUCCUGUUCUGUAUCCAUUCGUCAUUCCAUUCGUUAUAUACACUUCUUCAACGUAA